AUUAUUUCACAGUUUCUCUUCUCUUCUCUCUCUCUCAUAAUUUGCUUAAUUUCAAUCAGCUGUCUAGUUGUAUAAAUUAUUUUCAUAACAAAUUUGUCCCCAACAAAUGAAGCAAAAGAUAACUGUGAGGGUGCAGAUGAGCUGUGGCAAAUGCAGGACCAAAGCCAUGAAGAUUGCUUCAGUUGAAUCAGGGGUGAACUCAGUGCAGAUCGCAGGCGAACACAGAGAUCAAGUGAUAGUGAUUGGAGAAGUUGAUUCAGUAAGCUUGACUCGAUCUCUAAGGAAGAAGCUUGGGUCUGCAACCUUAGUUAGUGUGGAAGAAGUUAAAUAAACUAACCAAAGUCCGGAGAACCACAGACUGUACAACAUCGUAUUAUUAAUAUUAAUUCCUUUCAACAUUAAUUCACCAAAAUCAUAAUGUACAUGUAACAUUUGGGUUUCAUGAUCCCAAUUGUUCUAUCAAUCUGAAUUUUUUUUCUUUCAAUAUUUUGUACGUACCAUUCGCUCAAUUGGGAUUUUGCUUAGUUGCAUAAUCUUUCAAUCUAUUAAAUUUUGGAAAUCGUAAUUGUUAUUUGUAGUUUUAAUUAGUAAGUCUGUUAUGUUUCAUCCGACUUAAUCAAAUAAAGAUUUUUUUUGGGUCAA